AACCACUUUCAGCUUCAUUCUGUGUAUCUUUUUAUUUUACUGAGAAAACAAUCACAGUGUCUCUAUGAGAGCUCUUACCAGAGGCUAAAAUGAAGCAAGAUCUAUUUCCCAGCGAAAGGAAAGAUUUGAUUCUGUCUGUCAACUAAUGGAGAGUAUGUGGGUCACCUCAGUCCUUCGUCCCCCAUGCCUGCUUCCCCAGGCUACGCUCAACUGGACCAGAAUGAGCCUAUGAGCAGUCUGCGUAUCUCUGUCGGAGGCCUCCCUAUGUUGGCUUCCAUGGCCAACACCACUGACCCGCGCUUCCGCCUUAAAUGGAGGCCCAUCGUUGUGGUGGCCCUCUCCCUGACCUUGAUUCUCUUACUUUUCAUGCACCUGGGCUCAGGCUUUCGUUCUCAUCCCUCAAACAGCUGGAGAGCCAGUCGCAGUGACCAUCAUCAGUCCAGUUCCCAUUACAAUGACACCUACCCCCUCAGCCCACCAGAGCGCACGCCACUGGGCACCCGCUACCGCAUCGGGGUCAUUGCCGACCUGGACACAAACUCCCUCAGUACAAAGAAGCUGACGUGGUUCAGCUACAUGCGGCGAGGACACCUGUUGGUGUCACAGAGUGGCGACAAAGUGGCCGUGGAAUGGGACGCAGACCGGGUGGUGCUGGAAAGCCACCUGGCAGAGAAGGGCAGGGGUAUGGAGCUGUCUGAGCUGGUGGUGUUCAACGGGAAGCUCUACAGCGUUGAUGAUCGAACGGGUGUGGUCUAUCAGAUUGACGGCGACACGGCCGUGCCCUGGGUCAUCCUGCCCGAUGGUGACGGCAGCGUUGCCAAAGGGUUCAAAGCAGAGUGGCUUGCAGUGAAGGAUGAGCACCUUUAUGUUGGCGGCCUGGGGAAGGAGUGGACCACCACUGAGGGUGAAUUCGUCAACAACAACCCAGAGUGGGUGAAAGUGGUGGGUUUCAGAGGGGAUGUACGACAUGAGAACUGGGUUCCAAAGUACCAUGCGCUUAAGUCUGCUGCAGGGAUAAAGUCUCCAGGUUAUCUGAUCCAUGAAUCGGCAGCAUGGAGUGACACCCUGAAACACUGGUUUUUCCUCCCUCGCCGCGCCAGCAACGAACGCUAUGAGGAGACGGCAGAUGAGCGCCGGGGCACUAACCUAGCCCUCAGCUGCUCACCAGAUUUCAAAGACAUCACUGUAAGCCGAGUGGGUGAACUUAACCCCACUCACGGCUUCUCUUCCUUCAAGUUUGUCCCCAACACAGACGACCAGAUCAUCCUGGCGCUCAAAUCAGAGGAAGAUGCCGGAAAGAUCGCCACGUACAUCAUGGCUUUCACACUUGACGGACGCAUACUUUUACCUGAAACAAAGAUUGGAGAUGUGAAAUAUGAGGGCCUGGAGUUUAUUUAGAGGACUCUGAGACUUAGAGACUCCCUUUGAAGGCCGCUGCACUGGGAUUCUGUGUUGUUUACAAUCCAGUCACUGUUGAAGUUCUUCACUGCUUCCUCAUUGAGUUUGUGAAAGACACAAAUUCAGCUCAUUAUAAGGGAUCGUCUUGGGUAUAAAUACACAAACUGUGGGCUGGGAUUGUAAAAUUUGGGUGAGAGAGCUGUCAGAAUAAACAAUGCCAGCUAGUCUUGAGGUGGAUUAGCUCCUUCCCAGGCUGAAUGUGGCCUUCAAUGGUACUGUAGCAGCCUUUCUCUUAAUGAAUGUAGAAAAACUGAUUCAUCUGACUGUGAUUUUUCUUUUUUUUUUUUUCUAAAACUUACAUUUCCAUGCACAUACUGUACACUCUGAGAGGGUCGAAAUGUUUUUCUCUUUUACUCCAUAUUAAUCAUUCUGUUCUCAACAACACAACAGGAUAUUUUCACUGUUUUUAUUUGUUUUAAAACUCAACGUUAUCUGAAGGACAUUUUGUUAUAAAAAAACAAAACAAAACAAGUAAAUUAUACUAUAUGUAACUUUUUUGGAUGGGCUGACCGAGUAAAAAAUCUUGAUUAUA